UGUGUGUGUGUGUGUGUGUGUGUGUAACUUUGCCUUUCAAAUAAGUAAGGGAAAAGAAAAACAGGGACAGAGAUCUGUUGACAAACUGAUGAAUUAGUUCACUCCUCAAAUUCCCACAACAGGUCUCCAGGUGGGUGGCAGGGACCCAGUCCCCAAGCCUUCCCCUGCUGCCUCCCUGGGUGCGCCUGAGCAGGGAGCCCUGCUGGUGCUGGACUCAUGGCUGUGGGCAUUCCCGGGUGCCAUCAUAGCACUGGUACCAGGAGCCUCCUCCCCCACCUCAAAUGUUCUGGAGGCAGAUUUGGGAACUGGGAGUCCUUGUCCCCCCAUCUUCCUGAAGGAGAGCAGCUGAGGGCCCUGAGACACCUAACCCAGGGUGGACUUGGGGUCAGUUCGUGGACACCCCUGUGUAAGGAAAGAGUGGGUGCACAAAGAAUUGCUGCUCCUCAGUGGACAGAUUUCUCACUUAGGGUUGUCGUGGGCGCUCCGGGCGAGGGGAACAGCACAGGAAGCCUCUACGAGUGCCAGCCGGGCACUGGACACUGCCUGCCAGUCAGCCUGGGUGGUUCCAACUACACCUCCAAGUACUUGGGGAUGACUUUGGCGACAGACCCCACAGCUGGAGACCUGUUGGUCUGUGACCCUGGGCUGUCUCGGACAUGUGACCAGAACACCUAUCUGAGCGGGCUGUGCUACCUCUUCAACCAGCCUCUGAGAAGUCCUGUCCUGCAAGGGCGCCCAGGCUAUCAGGAGUGCAUAAAGGGCAACGUGGACCUCGUCUUCCUGUUUGAUGGCUCACUCAGUUUACAGCAAAAUGAAUUCCAGAAGAUUCUGGAUUUCAUGAAGGAUGUGAUGAGGAAACUCGGCAACUCUUCCUACCAGUUUGCUGCUGUUCAGUUUUCUUCGGACUAUAAAACAGAAUUUACUUUCCUGGAUUAUGUUCGAGAGAAGGACCCUGACAUACUGCUGGCCAACGUAAAGCACAUGCAGCUGCUAACCAACACCUUCGGGGCCAUCACCUAUGUCGCGAAACAUGUGUUUCAGCCAGAGUUGGGGGCCCGGCCAGAUGCCACCAAAGUCCUCAUCAUCAUUACCGAUGGGGAGGCCACUGACGGCGGCAGCAUCGACGCAGCCCAGGACAUCAUCCGCUACAUCAUCGGGAUCGGAAAGUUUUUCCAGACCAAGGAGAGCCAGGAGGCGCUCCACAAGUUCGCCUCCAAGCCCACAGAAGAGUUUGUGAAGAUUCUGGACACAUUUGAGAAGCUCCAGGAUCUGUUCACGGAGCUGCAGAGGAAGAUCUAUGCCAUUGAGGGCACAAGCAAGCAGGACAUGACUUCCUUCAACAUGGAGCUGUCCUCCAGUGGCAUCAGCGCCGACCUCAGCAGGGGCCACGCCGUGGUGGGGGCCGUGGGAGCCAUGGACUGGACUGGGGGCUUUCUCGACCUCAAGGCCGACUUUCAGGAUGCCACAUUUGUUGGCAACGAACCGCUGAUACCGGAAGCAAAAUCGGGGUACCUGGGUUACACUGUGACCUGGCUGCCCUCGCUCAGAAAUGCAUCCCUGCUGGCAACAGGAGCCCCCCGGUACCAGCAUGUGGGGCAAGUAUUGCUAUUCCAAAAGCAAAGCGUCCAAGGACCCUGGAGCCAGGUGCAGGAAAUAGCUGGGUCCCAGAUUGGCUCUUAUUUUGGAGGGGAGCUCUGUGGUGUUGACCUUGACCAAGAUGGGGAGACGGAGCUGCUACUGGUGGGAGCCCCGUUGUUCUAUGGGGAGCAGAGAGGAGGUCGGGUGUUCAUCUACCAGAGAAAGCAGCCAGGGUUCCAGAGGGUUUCAGAGCUACACGGGGACUCUGGCCACCCCUUGGGGCGCUUUGGAGCAGCGAUCGCCGCCCUGGCGGACCUCAAUGGAGACGGGCUGCUGGACGUGGCCGUGGGAGCCCCACUGGAGGCACAGGGGGCCGUGUACAUCUUCAAUGGGCAGCAGGAAGGGCUCAGCCCCCAACCCAGCCAGCGGAUAGAAGGGACUCAGGUGUCAUCCGGAAUUCACUGGUUUGGACGCUCCAUCCACGGGGUGAAGGACCUGGGAGGCGACGGCCUGCCCGAUGUAGCCGUGGGCGCCGAGGGCCAGGUGAUCAUGUUCAGCUCCCGGCCCGUGGUGGACAUCAUCACAGCCAUGUCCUUCCUCCCGGUCGAGAUCCCGGUGCACGAGGUGGAGUGCUCCUAUUCAGCCGCCAGCCAGAAGAAGGAAGGUGUCAACGUCACAGUCUGCUUCCAGCUCAAGUCCUUCAGCCCCAGCUUCGAAGGCCCCCUAGUGGCCAGACUCAAGUACACCCUGCAGCUGGACGGCCAUCGGACCCGCAGCCGGGGGCUGUUCCCGGGCGGGAAGUCGGAGCUCCGUGGGAACACGACUGUCACGCCCGUCCAGUCCUGCACCAAGUUCUGGUUUCACUUCCCGGUGUGCAUUCAAGACCUCAUCUCCCCAAUCAACGUCUCCUUAAGUUUCUCUCUGUGGGAGGAGGGGCCAGCCGGGGAACAGAUGACGGUGCAGCCUAUCCUGAGACCCGCGCCGCACUCGGAGACCAAGGAGCUCCCCUUCGAGAAGAACUGUGGGGAAGACAAGAAGUGCGAAGCUGACCUGAGGCUGGCCUUCCCUCCUGCCAGAUCCAGCGCCCUGCACCUGAUGCCCUCGGCCAGCCUUUCCGUGGAGCUGACGCUGAGCAACCGGGGAGAGGAUGCCUACUGGGUGCGGCUGGUCCUCCGCUUUCCCCAGGGACUUUCUUUCCGCAAGGUGGAAGCGCUCAAGCCACAUAGCUACAUACCUGUGAGCUGUGAAGAAUACUCCAAGGAGCCCAGGCUCCAGAGCAAGAACCUCACUUGCAACGUGAGCUCUCCCAUCUUUAAAGCUGGCAGUGAGGUUGUUAUCCAAGUGAUGUUCAACACGCUACAGAACAGCUCCUGGGGUGACCUGGUAGAGCUGCACGCCCACAUAGAUUGUGAGAACGAGGACGUAGGUCUCCUUGAGGACAACUCAGCCAUGACCACAAUUCCAGUCCUGUACCCCAUCAACGUCCUCAUCGAGGACCAGGAAAACUCCACACUGUAUGUCAGUUUCACCCCCAAAGGCCCCAAGAUCCACCACGUGCAGCACAUCUACCAGGUGCGGAUCCAGCCUUCCGUGCACGAUCAUAGCCCGCCCGUACUGGAGGCCUUGAUCGGGGUGCCAGGGUCCCCUAGCAAGGGGCCUAUUACCUACACGUGGACUGUACAGAUGGAGCCUCCUGUCACCUGUCAGUUCGAGGACCUGAACAGGCUGCCCAGCGUGGAUGAGCCCUGUCUCCCUGGAGCCCAGUUUCGCUGUCCCACCGUCUUCAGGCGACAACUCCUCGUCCAAGUGCUUGGGACCAUAGAGCUGGCGGGCGAGAUUGAGGCCUCUUCCAUGUCACGGCUCUGCAGUUCACUCUUCAUCUCCUUCAAUAGCAGCAAGCACUUCCACCUGUACGGCAGCAACGCCUCCAUGGCCCAGCUGGUCAUGAAGGUGGACGUGGUAUUGGAGAAGAAUAUGCUACAAGUGUACCUGCUGAGCGGCUUCGGGGGUCUGAUGCUGCUGCUCCUCAUCUUCCUGGCACUCUACAAGGUGGGCUUCUUCAAGCGGAACCUGAAGAAAAAGAUGGAGGCAGACGGAGACAUCCCCAAUGGAUUCCCUGGGGAAGACUUGGGGCCGCUGGCCCCUACAGAAGGAGCUGAGGACACAGGGUGCCUGGAGCCACUACAAGGGAAGGAGGCGCCAGAAGCCGAGGGCAAGGACUGAGGCCCCAGGCUGCCGCACACAGCCCUGUGUGUAUCCUUGUGUGUCCCAAGCCAGUCCCUGCCUCUCCUCAGGCCUCAGUUUGCCCGUGUUGAGCCUGGAGCUCGUCCUGCUGCUGCCCCUGCAGGCUCAUGAUGAAAAACUGCUGCCAGGCUGGCCAGGGAGGCUACGUGCUGCGGCCUUGGAGUCAUCACCCGGUCCCCCUCCUCCUGGGCCAGCAACACUGGGUCUGAAUGUGGAGGAGCCACAGUCAUGGGCCCUAGAGCCGUUCCAGGGUCUCCAGAGGCCUCAGACCCCGCAGCCCUGCCCUGCGCUACCUCCGGCCUGAAGUCCAGCCAGCCUCCAAAGAGCCAGUCCCUUCAGUGUCACUGUGUCCAUCACAGACACCUGCUCUGGGGCUAGGGACCAGAGGCUUUUCUGGAGGCAUCCACCUACCUUUCCCAGCUCCAGUGACCCCUGCUUUGCUCACACACCACACUUCCUCCCUUCUCACCGCAUUUACCCAGCCAGCCCCGACUGUGUCUGGAACAUUCUCCCCGCCUCCUCCUCUGGCUAGCCAUCACUCGGCCUUCAGACCUCGCAUCCUCUUGUUCCGGCUCCAUGAGCUUUGCACAUUGCACCCCUUUCAGCAACCCAGCCUCAUCCCCAAGUUGCUCAUAUCUGAUGGUUUACUUGAUGUGUGGCAGACAGCGAGCCCUGCCCUGCAGUGGUGUCACAGGGUUAGGCACGCAGUUGACAGUUUCACUGAAUGAGUGAGGCAUCCUGGAGAGAUGGUGAAGUUGGGAUCCCCAGCCUCCCGGGCUCCGCCCUCCCAGGCUUUGCUCCAGCCCUCACUCCCCCAGCCUUUCACAGGUUCCUCCCUGCAGCCCUGGUGCCAAGCCCUGUGCCUGAGGACAUACACCCAGUCAGCAUGACGUCCCGUGCACCCGUGUGACUGUGGGCCUAGGCUGCUCAGCGCUUCUUGGCUUUCCUCUUUUUCUCAAAUGCUGACCUGCACAUGACACUGUAAGGCAACUCAUCAGAGAAGCAGGGGCAGGUGUGUAAGGUGCCCACAUCACCACGGGAGUCCCUGGGUACAGCCCCUAGCCCUGGCUCCCGCCUCCAACUCCUGGCUCAUGCUCACCCUGGGAAUCAGGGGUGACAGUUGCAACCACCCGUGUGGGAGACCCGGAUUACACCCCCAGCUCCCAGAAUUGUCCUGGCCUGGUCCCCAGUCACUGGGAACAUGUGGGAAAAAAACCAGUGGAUGGGAGAUUUGUCUUUCUGUCUCUCAAAUUAAUUUUUACAAGUGGGUUAGGGACGAGAGAGAUACAGAACCCGUGAAGAGUUUCGAGGGCAUUUGGUAAGUCAUGAACAAGGGAGUCUACAUCCCUUUAGGCAUGGACUGAAGGAGUUUUCCACCGCUCUAUAGGGAAGACAGAGGGAACGCUCACUGCUGCCCUCUGGUGGUCUGCAGGAACAGUGAGCGGCUCCAAGGCCUGUUCCCUGGCCUAGCUCUGGAGAAUAAACAGGCAGGCAGGAGGGGCCCUGCCUGCCUGCGCGGUGAAAGACCGCGUUGUGGUACCCUAAGCAGCAGCCUUUGUUGGCCCCCUGCUGCCUGGCACCCAAGACUCAAAACAGCCUCCUCAACCACUGGGGGUGGGGUGGGAGAAAUGUUUAACAGGGCUGGUGUUAGAUUAAAGCAACAUCUGCAGAGCUAGCAUCCCAUAUGCCAGUUUGCAUCCCAGCUCCCUGGAAAAGCAGCAAAUGGUGGCCCAAGUGCCUGGACCUCUGCCACCCAUGUGGGAGACCAGGACAGAAUUUCAGGCUUUCUGCUUGAGGCCUGGCUCAACACCAGAUGUUGUAGCCUUUGGGGACAUGAACCAACAGAUGAAAGAUUCUCUAUACAUGCAUAACUGUGCCUUUCAAAGGCAUAAUUUUAAAAAUUGAAAUAUUUUCAUCAAGGUUUGAUGAAAAAAGUGAAUUUCCUGGGAGGAUAGGAAUAGCCAUCCUUGUGCCUAAAGACUCAUUCACAUUUUCCCACCAGGAAGGCCCACCCUGUCUCCCCCACCCCCGUAACUUCACACCUGCUGGGCCCCUUGCCACCAAGCCCUGCUCCAUGUCUCUUACAUCCAUGGACACUCCCAGGCACUGUGAAGUUGUCCCUGUGUCCAUGCAUGUUUUGCUUCCUUUUCGGAGGCUGUGUGGUCCUGGAAGGAGAACCUAGGCCUCCCUGGCAUCCGCGGUACCAAACCCUUGGCCUCCAGUAGAUGCUGAAUCCAGGGACCCUUAAA